CUGGUUUAUUCAAGAUGGCGGAUGACAAAAUAUCGUUGAAUAUGUUUCAAGCUUUAAUUGGAGUUUUAGCGCUAACUGUGAUAAGUUGUCAGGAAUUGGUAGUAACGCAUGCACCAGAUUAUGUUUCCUUUCAUCAACAAGAUUCCGGUAAACUGGAAUCUUCAGACGUUCCUGAUAUUAUAGCUUCCACUUUAGGACUCAAUACACAAUCCGCAAAUGGAUUUAAAGGCAUUUCCCACAAUUCAUUGUUUAAAAAACCAAAAGCGAAUGUACUGAUCUCCAUAGUAACAGAGAAACAAGCUUCACCAAUCAAUUUAAAAAGUCUGGCAAGAUUUCCUCUUAAAAAUGAUUUAUUUGGUGUAUCAAUGGAGAAUGUAAUGAAUAGUUUACAGCAGACAUUUUUAGAUCAAGAUCCUUUGAUGUUAGAUAUGAUUAAAGAUUCUAAUUUAUUUGAUAUGCAGACGGAGAACCAAUUGUUCCGUAAAUUACCCAAUUCUAUCAGAAAGGUCAAGGACAGAUUAUUUGACUCAGAUUCCAUUUUACGGAAGUUAACCCAAGGUUCGUUGAAUAUGACCUUGGACUCAGACGCCACCUUGAUGAGCGAAUUACAGAUGAUUGAUGACAUCAUUAAAACGUUAUCCAAAAAUGAAAAAUCCAAAAAGUCUAAAAGUCCAGAUUUACUAAGUUUCACAAUAACUGGAGUUAACCAAGUUGCAGACAAACAUGGCGUCCAGUCUGAUAAAGUAACAGACGCUAAAAAUAUGGUUACGGAAUUCAUUAAUCAUGCAACAGGAGAAUUUAAGAAGCUAUACAAAGAUAAUGUAGUCGUAGAAGUUUUGACCUUGAACCCUGGUAAAGGUCAAGUACGCAAAGCCAGAAGUCUGUUGGCAGUAACAACUCCUUCACCAGAACCAAAAAAGAGUAAUUUAAACCUAGCAGACGACUAUGAUGAGAACUUUCCCGCCAUUUUUAACAUGGUAUUAUGGUUAAUGAUAGUCCUAGCUAUCGCUGUGUACGUUAUUGUGUACGGAAUGUGGUUUAUGGACCCUGGACGAGACAGUAUAAUUUAUAGAAUGACCAGUCAACGUCUGAAGAAAGAAUAA